AUGAGCUCCCCAUUCGCAACCUACCCCGUCCCCGAGCGGACAUUCAUCCCCUCCACCUCCACACCCGCCUCCACCCCCGCACGCGGCGGCGUCCCCGCCGCCAAAGCCCCCGCGAAGCGUGGCCGCAAGCCCAAGAACAAAACCGCCCCGACGCCCGUCCCGAGCACCCCCGCGACCCCGGCCACCUCGCAGCAGCAGCUGUCGCAGGCGAACGGCCUCCACGGACCCGGGCAGGCCCCUGCUACGAAUGCGAGCGCAGGCGCGGACGGCGCGCGGGCGACCCCGGACCCCGUCGGGCUCGGGCUCGCCUUGCCCGGAACUCAGCCAGCGGGGGCGGGGGCGGGGACGGGCGCACAGAGCGGCACCCCUGGCCCGUCAGGCGCGACGCCGGCGCCGGCGGGGCCGCCGGGCGCGGCGGAGGACGAGGGCGACGGGGAGGACGAGGUGCUGCCGGCGAUGGCGGACGACGACUACUCGGCGCAGCUGUCGUGGCAGAGCCAGUCGAAGGACAACUUGAAGGUUCUCAUGGACAACUUCAGUCCUGGACAGUACGACCGCUUUGAGGCGUACCGUCGACAUGCUUUGCCCAAGCAGGCUGUCCGGAAGAUCAUCCAGCAGGCGACAGGGCAGCAGGUGUCCCAACCAGUCGCUCAGAUUGUCGCUGGCUUUGGAAAGGUGUUCGUUGGGGAGAUCGUGGAGAAAGCACGCCAAGUACAAGCACGACGUGGCGAUACGGGUCCCCUAUCCCCAGACCAUCUGCGGGAAGCGUACCGGAUGUACCAGGAGGAGACUGGACGCGUCGGUGCUGCUCGACCAGUCAGGUCGAAACGUCUCUUUGUGCGCUGA